AAAAUUGAAACUAACAUUGGGCUCGCCCAUUUUGAUAGUUCGCGAAGUUUGACGUUUGGAUUGGGUUUGGUAUUCGACUAGAGGGUCAAUUUGGUGUCAUUUUUGUGAAUUUUUGGGUUCAUUAUUAUAAUAUAUAGUGUUUUCUGGGAUGCAGUUAAUUUAUUUCUAAACACAAGUGCAGCUAUUUUUUUUAUAGUACUACGCCUCUUCACACAUCGCGAUGGGAAAAACAUACUGCCAAUCGUGCAAAAAGAAGUGCACCGGUGAAGUGCUGCGUGUCCAAGAUAAAUAUUUCCACACACAAUGCUUUAAGUGUAAGGAAUGCAGCAAUUCUCUAGCUCAGGGUGGUUUCUUCUCUAAAGAUGGUCUCUAUUAUUGUACAGCUGAUUACCAGCGAAACUUUGGUACAAAAUGUGCUGCUUGCCAGGAUUAUGUAGAAGGCGAGGUUGUUACUGCUUUAGGAAAAACGUAUCACCAAAAUUGUUUCACAUGUGCUAGAUGUAGACAACCUUUCCCUUCUGGCGAAAAGGUAACUUUCACAGGAAAAGAGGUGCUCUGUCAAAAGUGUGUUCAGAUUCCUACCCGUAAUAUCACACCCAAGUCUAGUCCGACCACUAAUGGGGGCAAUGUUUCAGAAUGUGCUGGCUGCAAAGAGGAAUUGAAAGAAGGCCAAGCUCUUGUAGCUCUCGACCAACAGUGGCAUAUUUGGUGUUUCAAAUGCGGCACGUGUGGUACAGUACUUCACGGCGAAUAUAUGGGAAGAGAUGGUAUUCCUUUCUGCGAAAGAGAUUAUCAGAAACAAUUCGGGGUGAAAUGCGCUUAUUGUAACAGAUUCAUCAGCGGGAAAGUUUUGCAGGCUGGAGAUAACCAUCAUUUCCAUCCAACUUGUGCCCGUUGUACAAAAUGUGGAGAACCAUUUGGAGAUGGAGAAGAAAUGUAUCUUCAAGGGGGAGCUAUCUGGCAUCCCCGAUGUGGUCCCGGACCCACUGAGAAUGGUCAAAUCAUUAACGAAUCUGGAGAAGCUAAUGGAAACUGCACUGACACUGAUAUGUCUAUGAGAGACUUUGAUAGGAAUAGUACUUCUGGAGUCAGUGAACUACAGUUUUCCAUGCGUUCCCGUACACCUAGUUUCAAUGGCUCCUUAUGCAGUCCUUCAAGCAUGUCUAGAAAGCAUUUCAACUAUCGCACCCCAUCACCAGGACUAAUAUUAAGGGAUCACAAUAAAUCAGCAACACUCAUCGAUGACAUUUCCAGGAUAUAUACAUAUAGUUACCUUACAGAAGAGCCGACUUUGGGAUAUUUGAGAAAACCUAUUGAUCCAUAUGAUAAAGCACCGACUUCUCCACAUUUCCAUAGACCAACAUCCCAGAAUUCGCUGAGAGGAAGUACAGGUUCAGGAAAGAGGUAUGGUUCCAGAUCAGCCAUGAAAGUUAUGGUAGACUCUAUUCGGAGUGAGACACCAAGACCCAAGUCUCCAGGAAUGAAUAAUGACGAACCGAUUGAACUCGCCCACUUUCCUGGUGCAAAGCCUCCCCCUCCGGGAGAACCUCCCAAAAUAGAACGCGAUGAUUUUCCAGCCCCUCCUUAUCCUUAUACUGAUCCAGAGCGUCGAAAACGAUGGUCAGAUUCCUAUAAAGGUGUACCCGACUCCGAUGAAGACGAAAUCGACGGUAGAAAUUCCAAAGAGUUAGAAAAUAUUAAGAAAGAAGAGGAAGAACUGACAAAAAUUGCUAGUGGGAUAGGAAAAGUGUUUUUGAAGAAUGUCCAGGAGAGGGAAAAGUUGAAACAAUGGAAGGCUGCUAAUUUGGACCCUAGGAAUGCUUCUAGAACUCCAUCAGCAAAUAAGGAACCCCAUUAUAGAUUACGUUACGAUAACCCUAUCGGUGCAAGCCCUUCUAGAAACUUGGACCAUCCCAAACCAUUUGAUGAAGAUGACUUUGAUAGAUCCCUCAGCUGCCGAUCUUCCAUGGGUAGAUCCAUUGGUGCUAUCCCUAAUUAUAAUGUUGUGAGUGCUCUGCGUCAUGUUCCUAAGCCUGGUUACGGUUUGGCGCCAAGAUCAUAUACAUUCAGUUCAUCUGCUGGUAGUUCAGUUCCUCAAAUUCCCGGUGAUUAUUCGUUUAGUGGAAUGGGUGUUAAAACUCAUAGCACGGACUUCAGUAGUGGAAAAUCAGAUAUUUCCACUGGAUCCAUCACGGAUGUCGAACGAUGCGCCCUGAAUGCAGAAAUGCCAAUAUCAACAACGUACACAGGGGGACUGGGACGCUACCCGGGCGGGUACUCAUCACAAGUUCGACGCUCCCUGCCAAACAUGGCGCAUACGAUGCUAAUAAACGAACCGGCAAAAAUCUACCCCUACCAUUUACUUGUGAUCACUAAUUAUCGACUGCCAGCGGAUGUAGAUAGGUGUAACUUAGAAAGACACCUUUCAGAUCAAGAAUUUGAAGCGCUACUUCAAGUUCAGAGGACAGACUUCUACAGGUUACCACAAUGGCGAAGAAAUGAACUGAAACGUAGGGUUCGCCUAUUUUAAAAUUUCUCUAAAUUUACUCUUAAAACUUUGCUUAUUUUUGCAUCAUUAUUCAAAUAAAAAUGAAUGGGUCAAUGAGAAGGCUUUAUUAGCUAAUAUAUUGUGGCUUUCAGCAAUAUUUAUGUGAAAGCAAGUUUGUCAUAAAUACACAAUAGUUCCUUAUUUUUUGUUUUCCCUAAUUUUAAUUUUUGCAACCAGUGGUUCUGACUGAACUUGUUUUUGCCAUAGUCUAAGUUUUAUUAAAAAUUUUAUGACAAACUGACUGCCAUAGGCGGUGCAUAUUUUUAUGUUAACCAACAGCAUUUUUCACUCAUGCACUUGGUAUAGUUGAAUAUUUUGCAGUUGGCUUAAGUACAACUCAUUUAAAAGAUAUUUCGAGUCAAAACUGCUGUUGCAUUCGGUUUCAAUAUCGAAAUUUUUAUUUGGUUUUAUUGACGUUGUGCCGAUUUUUUGUAUGUUGCUGUAACAUACUUUUAUUUAAGGGUUUAUAUAUGAACUUGUGAAUAAUAUGUGAGAGGAACAAGAGAGUAGCUAAUAUAAAUAAUGGCUAAAUUAUAACAUAUUUUUUUAAGUUAUAAAAUUUAAGUAUUAGAAAAAAUUUGAAAAGCCUUUGAUGAGAAGGACUGUAGGAAUAUUUCAGGUAUUGCUUUUUGGCUAGUCGUAAUUUUGUUUUUUAGUAUAGGUUGCUGAUAAGGUGUAUAUUUUUAUAUGGUAUUGAAUUAUUUCUGUAGAUUGCAUUUAUAUUAUUAGAUUCAGUUGAAGUGUUAAGAAAGAUCACAAGUUUUUAUUGAUGACCACUGCUAAGCUUUUCUCUGCUAUGGGAGAAACUUGAAUGUUACAAGCAGAUUUAUAUUUAGUUAAUUUAUUGAUUUGCUAUUACUAGGAGGGACUUAAUUCUUUCCAUGCCAACAAUGGUAUUGAUUGGUGCUUGUGUAUAGCUAAAAUGUCCUAGUUUCAGAAUUUGUAACGUACUUGGAAGAUUUUUAUUGCCCUUGUUGGUCUUGGUACAUUGAAGGAAGCACUUUUAAAAGUAUCAAGUUAUUACUUAAAUGUGAAUGUCCGUUUACAAAAGUUGAUGACGUUUUGAGAAUCAUUGCCAUUCCUUAUGAAAUAGUAAUGGUGAGAAGUUAAAAGAUUAUUUAUGUUACCUCGAAGGUACAGUAUAAUACACAAUAUUAUAAUGAUUAAUCAUAGUUGAAGUAUUUGAAAGAUCAAGAUUCACAGGUCAAAAUGUAAAUUUCGAGUUAUUCACCAAGAACAGAAAUAGUAUAGCGCCUUCCUGAAAA